AUGGAUCACACACUGUUCGGCUGCCUGCGGAGCCCCCACGCCCCGGCUCAGGCCCUGCAUCCCGCCUUCACCCAGUCCCCCCUGACUCUGCACGGACGCUCGGACCACGUCUCCUACCCAGACCUGGCCUCUUCAUCCUCCUCCUCCUCCACCUCCUCGCCCUCUCCCUGCAUCAUCUCCAGCUACGCGGUGGAUGACGGCCUGUUUCCCGGGCAGCACCACCACCACCCUCACCGCGGCCACCUGCCCUCCCAGCAGCAUCACCACCCGCCUCAGCACCAUGCGUCUUGGCAUAUCCCACAGAUGCCGUCACCUGGCGGGAAUACACGCCACAACCUUUGCCACCCGCACUCAUCCCACGACAAUGGGCCCACGCCCCCAGACCUGGGCCACCCUGGUGGGCCCAGUAUGUGCGCCAGCACCCCCAGUCUGGGCAUCGGCAGCACCCCUACGGGGGCCUCCUGUGUGCCUGCAGACUUUGGCAGACAGACUCUGUCACCUGCUGAGGCCGAGAAGAGGAACGGCAAGAGGAAAAGUGACAGUUCAGAGUCCCAGGACGGGAAUUACAAGUCGGACGUGAGCAGCAAACCCAGGAAGGAGAGGACGGCGUUCACCAAGGAGCAGAUCCGAGAGCUGGAGGCCGAGUUUGCCCACCACAACUACCUAACCAGACUAAGGCGCUACGAGAUCGCCGUCAACCUCGACCUCACUGAAAGACAAGUGAAGGUGUGGUUCCAGAACAGGAGGAUGAAGUGGAAAAGAGUGAAGGGCGGCCAGCAGGGGGCGGCGGCUCGAGAGAAAGAACUGGUCAAUGUGAAAAAGGGGACGUUGCUGCCGUCAGAGUUCUCUGGCAUCGCGGCGCUCCACCACUCGACGGACUCCUUGGCCAAUGAGGACAGUCACGACAGCGACCAGAGCUCCGAGCAUGCUCAUUUAUGA